AUGUUUGGCACAAAGAGAGUAACCACCUGUGGCGGCGUCUACAAUGUCCAUCGCCUGAGCUGUGAUACUGGAGUGAUCGUUGUGAAGGAUGCACUGUAUGGAUGCAGAGACAGCGACACUUGCAUUAAGGGAAGACCUCAUUCACAGAUCUCAAAUACACACUGCUCUCUGGAGGACACACUGGACAUCAUCAAGUUGAGCUGUGACGGCAAGACGGAGUGUGAACUAAACCCAAGAGUCUUUUCUAAGGAUCCCUGCUAUGGGACCGCCAAAUACCCGGAAACCACCUAUGACUGCUUCCCAGCAAUUUACUGUGAUACGUGUGAGGGCUCUUUGGCACACCUCCAGUGCGAUGAAGGAAAGAUUGUAUUUAUCUAUGGUGUUAACUACGGACGCCAUGACCGUACCACCUGCUAUUACAAUCGACCCACUUCCCAGCUUCAAAGAAUCGACUGCUCUGACCAUUCUCGCAAAGUUGCUAACAGCUGCAAUGGAAAAAACAGCUGCACUAUCAGUACAACCAAUUCUGAGUUUGGAGACCCUUGUGUCGGCACUUACAAGUACCUGGAGGUUGCUUACACUUGUAUCCUACAACCUGAGCAGCUUCCAAACAAUUAACCUGUUGACAUAAUGAAUUGGCAG